GGGCAGCGUUUCCUAGCAGCGGCCGCCGCCAUGGCGCCGGGGCGGGCCGGGCCGGUGGGGUACGCGCUGCUGUGCGGGCAGGCAGCGCUGCUGCUGGGCAACGUGCUGCUGCUGCACGGAGCCUCCCGCGCCGCACCCCGCAACGCCUCCGACAACGACGGCCUCGUCCCCGGGCCGCCCGGUGCCGCCUGGGCCUACACCGACCCGCAGUCACCGCUCGUCCUCUGCACUUACCUCCCCGAGGAGUUCGUGGAGUGCGAGGAGCCGGUGGAUCACGGCGGGAACGCCACAGCGCAGCAGGAGCUGGGCCACGGCUGCGUGAAGUUCGGUGGCCAGGCCUACGGAGAGGUGGAUCACACGCGGGUGCAGUGCCGGGCGCUGGACGGCAUCGAGUGCGCCGAGCCCCGGAGCUUCCUACGGGGCGGACGGCCCUGCGUCAAGUACACAGGACACUAUUUUAUAACCACUCUGCUCUACUCGGUUUUCCUGGGGGGCUUCGGAGUGGAUCGGUUCUGCUUGGGCCACACCGGGACGGCAGUGGGGAAGCUGCUGACCCUGGGGGGGUUGGGGAUCUGGUGGUUCGUGGAUCUGAUUCUCCUCAUCACGGGGGGGCUGAUGCCCAGCGACGGCAGCAACUGGUGCACGGUGUACUGAGGGAGCAGAGCUGACCCCCCCAGAGACCCAGGGCAGCACUGAGGGUGGGUCCUCCACUUGUCCCCCAGGGCUGGGGACAGGAUCCUCCACUCACCCUGCAGCAUCAGAGCAUCUGCCCUCACACACCUGGAUUUACAAAGCUGUAACUUCAUGUGCUGAGCAGUUGUUGUUGUUAAUUCCUCCCUACAAACCUGGGAUACAAAGCAGCUCAGUAGGUAUUUUGCUUGUUCAAAACAAUCUGGAUUUCCUCUCCAAAAAGGGACUGCUUGGGAAAUCAGACCUUGCAAACAGGGGGGUCAAACAAGUCUGAAGGAAGCCUGGAAGGAGCAGACUCCACAUAUUUUCAGUAUUAGUAGAGCAGAUGGAGUCACAGGCCACUAGCACGGGGUUUGUGUUACCAGCCUGUGCCAACCUUUGAGGUUGAGACAACAUUACAGAGACUGUGGCAAAGCAAUGAGCUUUAAUUCUGUGUUAUUGGUGUCAAUACGCGUGCACUGGCUGCAGGGGGAGGUGUAGCAGAACCCACGGGAGAAUGUUACCUUCCACUUCCUGACGAGUGGGGAGAACCCCAGUGCAGCAAAUAAAGGACUGUUCAAGCCUUGCA